UUCAGAGCAAUAAACAAACAGCUUAUCCCGCCUUUUUUUUUUUUCUUUUUUUCAACUUAGCGGUUCUUUAGCCCCUUGGAACUGAAGCCAUGGCCGCGGAAGAAGACGUCAACGGCGUGGCACUACAUAACGGGGGCUUUGCGUCACUCGUGUCCGACCUGAUACACAGGCAGCAUAGCCAAGAAGAACCUGACCACCCUAUAAGGAAUGGGCAGUUGAACAUUGGCAUCAACGUUAACAAAGACCUUCCUACCACCGGACUGGAACAAAAUACAAAGAAAUGGCUGGAGGGAGAAGCUGAGCAAGGCGAUAAUAAUGAAGAUCUUCAGUUUAAAAGCGGUAACGAAUCGUACUCAAGCUCUUUGCCUACUGAUAUUGAGGGUCGGGACGAUUCAAGUACUAUGUCACAGCAAGGAAGAGAUCGAGAAGAAACGGGAGGAAGAGGUUCGGGUCAACAUGAGAAGUUCAUCCCAGGCAGUCUUGAUGAUCACAUCCCUGAAUCCCCUGUCGAAGAACACGGUGCCUACCCGUCCAAUCCAGUACCCAAGAACCUUACCAACCCUGCCCGAGUGAUUCGGAUAGAUGACUCUGCCAAAAGCCCUAGAGAACAACGAUCCGACAGUCAGCGCAUGAGUAGGUCUUCGAGUGUCCAAAAGCAAAUUCUGAACGAGGUUGGAAUAUUUCCCGACCAACUUCCAGCUAUGAAGUCUGAAGACAGGCCGGGACCUAUGAAUGAGAUUUAUCUUGAGCCUCGUAUCACUCAUAUUCAUUACCAUGAACGUCGCGAGCCCACCAUUGAUGGCAUCCGUCACGGACUCAUUCUUAACGUCACCCCUGACGGUGAGGCGGAGCUUCCUCCUGAAACAUCACAGUCAUCACGCCCGCCUUCAUCGAAUCAUAUUUCUAAUUGUAUGAUUCGAAAUUCUAAAGGUAGCAACGAUUUUCCAUUUUCGACCUCCAGUGGAGACGCUCCAGAUGGUAUUUGGAGAAGUGCUUUGCAGCAGUCCGGUGCGGGGGGGAAGGAAAAAAAAAAGGCUGCUAGCUCACGAUUUAGCAGCUUCCGGGGGGAUGAAGUUACGAUGGGUGAGUCUGAGGCUGAAGAUUCUGGACCAGGGACUCCGACCGAGGCUGCUCAAAAAAGAUGGUCAAUGCUCAGGCAUCGCAUUAUGCCCUCUCGUUCUUCUUUUGGCGGUAAUCCCAAUGGUCCAACACCUGGAAAAGUCUCUGCUCUUGCUCCUACAGUUAUAGCGUCUGUUCCUGUUACCAUUGAGCUGUUUGCUGGUCAAUUGCCAGUUAUGAUCCUCAAGACGUGGAUAGAUAGAGAUGAAGACGGAAGAAAAGCUGUACCGGUGCUCCUGGGCAAUCUAAGGUUCAGGGUCGGUGAUAGUGUAGGGUUGAGACAAGGCAACGAAGCAACAGGGAAGGAGAUGUUCAAGGUGGAGUGCGAGUAUGGCGACGGUGCUGUUAAAUGGGUCAUCUUUCGCGAGCUCCGUGAUUUCCUAUCUCUCCAUGCCCACUAUAAAGCCGCAAACUUUGGUACCUCGGUCGCUGGUCUUCGGUCCGCUCGACGUGUCGAAAUCCCUGACUUCCCUCGCAUGAGUAUUCCUUAUCUCAACAAGUUUGAAAGAACCUCUGGAGGAAAGGACAAAGAGAAACUCAAACAUAUUGGCAAGGCAGAAUAUGCUCAAGCCAGUAGGGAUGCCUUGCAGCAGUAUCUUGUGGAACUUAUUCGUGCUGUCAUUUUCCGGCCUGAAUCCAAUCGCCUGUGUAGAUUCUUCGAACUUUCUGCCCUUACCCUGGCUCUUGCUCCACGUGGAGGAUUCCAAGGCAAAACUGGCUUCCUCAAAAUUCCUGGAUCAAACGUGUCAAGAAGAGCCAACCAGCCUGGCUUGACGCCUCAGAGUUGGAAGGCGAGUAAAGAGCCGAAGUGGUUUAUUGUCAGGGAUACUUACUGCGUGGCUACCGACGGGCCUGAGACGACCGACUUCUAUGAUGUCUUCCUAUUUGAUUCCGAUUUCACUAUCAUCCGCCCCAAGCGGUACUAUCGUCAAGGCAUCAACAUUCUUUCCGGACACGCCGCUGUUAGACAUAUUAAGCUCAAGAAUGGCAGUGACACCAACAACAACAUUAAUAUUCCUGAACGCGUUGACACCGACAACCCGUUCAGUCGAGAGAUUAUUGUCAGAAGUGGAGAGGGACAAGGAUCCAAAGCCCACAACAUGCAUGAUGAGACGGAGCACGAAGCGAGUCAGCACACGUUCUAUAUUGUAAAUUCCCAAAGAAAACUGAAGCUGGUUGCGAAGAAUGCGAGGCAAAUGCAUCAGUUCAUUGUGUCAAUGGAAAGAAUUGCGUCUCAGUGUGUCUGGACCAAGCGUAACAGGUUCGAUUCCUUUGCGCCUUUGAGAGUGAACGUCGCGGCGCAAUGGCUUGUCGACGGUCGAGAUUACUUCUGGAACCUCAGUCGAGCGAUAAACAUGGCCAAAGAUCGUAUUUAUAUCCACGACUGGUGGAUCUCUCCUGAGCUCUACCUGCGUCGGCCUGGUGAUGAGAGAUACAGGCUUGACAACUUGUUGAAACGCAAAGCGGAGGAUGGAGUCAAGGUUUUCAUCAUCAUCUAUAAUGAAGUCUCAGACAAGACCACUCCGGUUGACAGUCAAUACACUAAGCGAACACUUAUGGAUCUCCACCCUAACAUCAUGAUUCAGAGAUCGCCUUCGCAUUUCCAAACCGGGACAUUCUACUGGUCACAUCACGAGAAACUUUGUGUGAUUGAUGAGACGAUCGCGUUUAUGGGUGGUCUUGACUUGUGUUAUGGCCGAUGGGAUACUCCUCAACACGUCCUAAUUGAUGACGAAUUCACUGAGCCCGACGGUCCUAAUGGUCCAGUGUGGCGAGGCAAAGAUUAUGCCAAUGAGCGUGUUAUGGAAUAUACGAAUCUUGACAAACCGUUUGAAGAUAUGUUUGACAGGACGAAGGUUCCCCGUAUGCCUUGGCACGAUGUUGGUCUCCAAAUUGUUGGUCAACCUGCUCGUGACCUUUGUCGCCACUUUGUGCAACGUUGGAACCUCCUUAUCAGAACCAAAAAUCAUAAGCGUCGCAUGCCUUUUCUUCUUCCUGCUGCAGACUUUACUGAGCCGGAACUUCAGGAUUUAAAACUCCAGGGAACGUGUGAAGUGCAGAUCUGUCGGUCGGUAGGACCGUGGUCUAUGGGCACUUCGACGAAGAUUGAACAUUCAAUUCAGAAUGCUUACUGCAAGUCCAUAGAAACUUCUGAACACUUUGUCUAUAUCGAGAAUCAAUUCUUCAUCACUUCAACUAUUGUUGAUGGUGUCGCUAUCGAGAACGGUAUUGGUAAUUCUCUCGUCAAUCGUAUCAUCCGCGCACACAAAGAAGGUCAAGAUUGGCGAGCUUGUAUUGUCAUUCCACUUUUGCCGGGAUACACGUACCCCCUCGACUCAAACGAGGCGAGCUCAGUGAGGCUGAUCUUGGAAUGUCAAAACAGGACGAUUUCCAGAGGAACAAGUUCAAUUUUCUCAAGGUUAAGGAAUGAGGGAAUUGACCCGGAUGACUACAUCACGUUUUUUUCUUUAAGAGGAUGGUCAAAAUUCAGAACAGGUGUCCUGACUAGCGAGCAGGUUUACAUUCAUGGCAAGACCAUGAUUGUAGAUGAUCGCCUUGUGCUUUGUGGUUCCGCCAACAUCAACGAGCGUAGUCAGCGUGGUGAUCGUGACUCUGAGCUUUUGGCUGUGAUCCGUGACACUGACAUGAUUGAUGGAAUCAUGGCAGGCCGUCCAUAUAAAGUUGGCCGCUUUGCCCACACCCUUCGUGUUCGCCUCAUGCGUGAACAUGUUGGUGUCGAUGUUGACGCUCUUGACGAAGAACAUCUCAUGUCUCGAGAGCCUGUUGUCGAGGUUGAUGAGAUGGAGAUUUGGGACCCCGAUGACGAGCAGCAGAGCGAAAACGAAGGUGGCGAUGGCAUUACGCAGGUCAAAAAACGUGCCGCGAAGGAACGCCUCAUGGACACUUUUUCCACGGGUUUGGCAAGUGUAACCAAGGGCAUAUCUGAAAACGCUAUUUCGAGUAUUAAGAAGACAGCGGAUAAGGUCAUUCAUCCUGUUGCUGUCGUUGCAUCUGGUCAAACUGCUGCCCAUGACCAGUUCGAUGUGGGUGACCCGUCCGAGCGAAAAGACUAUCAGCCUGAGGGCAAGACGUCCACAGGCUUUGCUUCUUCCAUGGUGCCUACCCUCGAAGAAAAAACCAUUUCUCAGCGUCGACCAAGUGCACAACACGCGAACGGCAAGCCUCUAUUUGACCUCCAAGAAGAGCACGACCAACAAGGCGGGCAGGAUGUUGGUCAGACCAAGAGCAAGGAAGAAGGAGAGGAAUCUAGUGCAGCAGAGGUUCCUAGGAAGACCAAGGAGCAUGCCACGCUUUUGGAUGAGGACUCGAUAGCACAGAAAUCUGGCAUUCCUCGAUUGCAAAUCGGAUCUUCCGACAAGGAACUCUUUGGAAGUCCCGCCAACACCUACGACUCAAAUGACGAUUCGCCUAUGCCAGGGACCGAGCGUGAAGCGGAAGAUGAGGGCAGAGGGACGAAGGAGGGCCAGACGACUCUUCAGGCGCGAAAAAUCUUGAGGAAGCAUUUGAACGCCAGCGUACAGGUGUCUCCGUGGAGCAUGCCAAGCCCUACGCCAGAUAUCAACCCCAACCGUUUCCACGAUCCAUUGGAUGGAAGAUUUUGGAAAAAUGUGUGGGUGGCCACUGCUGUUCAUAACACUGAAAUCUUCCGGAAGGUUUUCAGAUGUGUUCCUGACGAUUUCGUCACUUCUUGGGCUCAGUAUAAAGCUUUCGCUAAUCACGCAGAAAAGUUCAACAAGGAGCCUGAAAAUGUUGCCCAAGGAGGCAGUGACGAACCCGUUAAAGUAACUCACGAUGGUCCUGGUACGCACGGUGCAGGCGGUGGUGGGUCUGGCGGUGGUCAAAUAGGCACAAUGUUAAGGGAUAAGGGAAGCAACAGAAGCGAGACGAUUGGGUCAGAUGUCGUGAAUGGGAGGCCCAAAGAUCGCCUCGGCUUGGGAGCUGUGAGCAGGAGCUCCACUAAGGGUGAGGAAUCGAAGAGGGAAGCAGAAAGGGAAAAGAAGCCUAGUCAGCCCGAAGAGGCUUGGGCUGAAUGGGAAAGAGAUGAGAUGGAGAAGCUGUUAAAUGAAGUGCGAGGGCAUCUAGUGAUUUAUCCUACAAGGUUCUUGGAAGCAGAAGACCUUGCGAACAAUUUUCUUUUCAACUCUGACAAGAUCUUGCCUCUUCCCAUUUACGAUUAAUAAUGAUGAUACGACAAUACGCUAUAAUACCCCUUGUAUCCAUCUCAUCUUCCUCAAAUUAUUAUAUAUAUCUUAUGUUCCAUUCAACAAUGCCUGUGAAAAACUCUUUAUAGUAUGC